GUCAGUUAUCUAGCUGCGCGAGACUCCGCGAAUGAGUCGAGACAGACAGAAGAUUUUACAGUGAAAAACAGAUCAAAACAAAUCUCUUGUAGGAGUGUCGGCAAGAAAGAAGAGAUCUUUACACUGGACGAUAGCGGGCAGGAAUUUUUGGAUGUAAAAAGCAUCUUAAUUGCAUCGUAUCCCCUGUCACCCGACAUACACAAAGAACUAUAGCCAUCUGCAGCAGGACCGGGAGGCACCUAAAGGGUCGCACGCUCUGCCUGCUAUUACGGAGUGGGGAAAAAAGAAUAGGAAAAGUGAAAAACGGAGAAACCAUUUCAAAAAGGACAUGAGCAGAAUGGUCCUUUGGAGGGAGGAGAUGAAGUGUUCAGCUCUGGAAUGACCUCCCACACACACUUGUGUGGUUUCUAUGGGGAUUUCUGCAUAGCCGCACUCUUCUGGAUGGAAGGAGUUGGAUUUCAGUGCCAUCGGAUUGCUCUGCUGUGAUUGGUCAGUUUUAUUCAGCUGCCGCACUGCCACUGGUCAGAAUGCCAGCAAAAGGGAAAUACUUGCUGAACGAGCAGAAGUUGAAACAGGAAGCCCUGUACAGAAAAUUUUCUGGCACUAGCCAAUAUCAGCCGUUCGUUCUGUUGCUGGGACUGAGCAUGCUCACAUGUGCUUCCCUGCUUGUGCUCUUCUUCAGCCUAAAACUGGAUGCUAAGGGUCAUGGGGCAUUUGUGGGCGUUGUGGCAGGAGCAUUGUUUUUGUUCUUGGCUGUAUUUGUAUUGGUGUGUACAGAGACCCUCUCUCAGAGAUGGAGAACUUUGCUUGGCCUCGCUGUGUGGGCCACACAUCUCACAAUGGGCUUCACCUUUAUUUUCGGCAAAGAACGUAUUUGUUCUUUACCAUGGGACCAGGUGCCCUUCUUCCUCUUCAUCAUCAUUACAGUUUACACCAUGCUGCCAUUUCAGAUGAGCUAUGCCGUAACUCUGAGUAUCAUCUCCUCUCUGUCUCACAUCAUUGCUCUGUCAGUGGACCUCACAGCGUUUCAGAAGGCACCUAAACAACCCUUCACCAACCAGCUGUUGUCAAAUGCAGUGGUGUUUGUUUGUGGAACUGUGGUUGGGGCAUUUCAUAAGGUUUUGAUGGAGAAAGCUCUUCGGCAGACGUUUCAGGAUACUCUCCGCUGCCUUGGCAUUCGCAUGAAACUGGAGAUUGAAAAAAGACAACAGGAAAACCUGUUACAGUCAGUGCUUCCUGUAUACAUAUCCAUGAAGAUGAAACUGGCCAUAAUGGAGCGCUGCAAAUGCAAAGACAAAGAGGAACAGCAGCGUAUGGUGCGAGACAACAACUUCCACAGUCUCUAUGUGAAAAGACAUGAAAACGUCAGUAUCCUGUACGCUGACAUUGUGGGUUUCACACGUUUGGCCAGUGACUGUUCUCCCAAGGAGCUUGUAAUCAUGCUGAAUGAACUUUUUGGAAAAUUUGACCAGAUUGCUAAAGAGAAUGAGUGUAUGCGAAUAAAAAUUCUUGGCGACUGUUAUUACUGUGUGUCUGGCCUACCCGUUUCUCUGCCAAAGCAUGCCAAAAACUGUGUAAAAAUGGGCCUGGACAUGUGUGAAGCCAUCAAGCAGGUUCGGGAGGCAACAGGUGUGGAUAUAAACAUGCGAGUAGGUGUGCACUCUGGAAACGUCUUAUGUGGUGUGAUUGGCCUACGGAAGUGGCAGUUUGAUGUGUGGUCACAUGAUGUGACCUUAGCCAAUCAUAUGGAGUCUGGAGGGCUACCCGGCCGAGUUCACAUCACAGAGGCGACUCUAAAGCAUCUGAACAAAGCGUAUGAGGUGGAGGAGGGUACCGGUCACCUGAGAGACCCCUACCUUAAAGAGCUCAACAUCAAGACUUACCUGGUCAUAGACCCACGGUCAAAAGAAUCAUCGCUGAUGGCUCCCAGCGUUACUAAGCCUCGUGUUAGCGACGGUUUGAAGAUGCGAGCUUCUGUGCGGAUGACACGCUUCCUGGAGUCGUGGGGGGCCGUCAAACCCUUCGCUCACCUGCAGAGCCGAGAGGAAUUCAGCGCGGAUGCCAUGGUCAAUGGCAAGGGUCGCUGCAAGGACAUCCCUCUCAGAUCAGUAACGACCAAAAUUACAGAAAGCUUUGAUGAGUCUCUUGAGGAGCCCUUCUCUUUACCUGCCGCUCCCUUGAGCACACAUAAGAACAAAUCUCAGAAGACGAAGUUUGAUGAAGAACUUCACGACAAGAUGACCACCACCAUCAAUGACCUGAGCUCCAGCAAGCAGUGGGUGAAGUCUGAAGAGAUCUCUGGCCUUACGCUGUGGUUUACAAAAAGAGAUCUAGAAAAGCAGUACAGGACUAUAGAGAUGCCAAGCUUUAAAUACUACAUCGCCUGCGCCACCUUCAUCUUCAUGUGCAUCUUUAUCAUCCAGAUGUUUGUUACCCAACACCGUAAAGAGCUGGGACUGGCAUUUGCAGUAUUGGCGUGUGUUCUUCUUUUGACCCUGUGCAUCUGUUUUGCAGGUCAUAUUCAGAGAAUGUUUCCAGAGAAACUGAAGUCGUGUACGUGGCUGUCGGCUCUAUCGGAUGCAGUGGUAAAGAGGCCUUUUGUGCGCCUCCCAUUGGCAACUUUUGCUACAGCAGUCAUAGUCAUCCUCGCCAUGUUCAACUUGUUUUUUAAAAAGGCAGAUUUAUGUGAUACUUCGAGGCAAAAUAAUAGCAAAAAACAGGACUCUCAUGUGGAUGAUCUUUCAUAUUUGCCUUACUCGGUAUAUAAUUGUAUAUUGGCGUUGAUCGCCUGUGGAGUGUUUUUGAGAGUGAGUUUGGAGCUCAAGGUGGCCUUCCUCUUCAUCGUCUCUACUGUUUACUACAUCAUCAUUCUCUACUCUCAGAAGAAUCUCUUCCACAGCUACGAAUGCCUGAAUUUCCCCAACUACAUCAGUGAGAACGGCAGUCUUAUUCUGUCCGAAUUAGGACUUAUGAAGCACCCACAACACAUGAGCUGCAUCUACAUCACACUCUUUCUCUUUACCAUGCUGCUCAUAUCCCGCCAGAAUGAGUACUGCUGUCGUCAGGACUUCCUGUUGAAGAACAAGAACCAGGCUGAUAAGGAAGAAGUGGAGCUAUGCGAAAACCUGAACCGCCUCCUCCUGGAGAAUGUUCUCCCUGCGCAUGUGGCUGCACUCUUUGUGGGGGAGAACAAAAAGAAUGAGGUGGGGCUGCUGUCCACUAUCUCUUUACUAAACCAGAAAUACAAGGACCUCUACUAUAAGUCGUAUGACUGUGUCUGUGUGAUGUUCGCCUCUGUGCCAGACUUCAAAGAGUUCUACACUGAGUGUGACAUCAAUAAAGAAGGACUGGAGUGUUUGAGGCUCCUCAAUGAGAUCAUCGCUGACUUUGAUGAGUUACUAUCUAAACCUAAGUUUAGUGGUGUGGAGAAGAUUAAAACCAUUGGCAGCACGUACAUGGCUGCUGCAGGACUGAGUGGACCUCCCGAGCAGACCAAUCAGGACCGUGAGAGGCAGCAUGUACAGAUUGGAAACAUGUUGGAGUUUGCCAUCGCUUUAAUUGGCAAACUUGAUGGUAUCAACCGACACUCAUUCAACACAUUCAGGCUUCGCGUGGGUAUAAACCACGGGCCGGUUAUAGCCGGGGUGAUUGGAGCCAGGAAACCACAGUAUGACAUUUGGGGAAACACUGUGAAUGUGGCCAGUCGGAUGGAAAGCACUGGAGAAAUGGGCAAAAUACAGGUGACUGAGGAGACAUCUGAUGUCCUGCAGAAGCUGGGUUACUCAUGUGAGUGCCGUGGCCUGAUAAACGUAAAGGGCAAAGGAGAACUCAAAACCUUCUUUGUGUGCACAGACUCCAGCAAACAGCAGGGCAUGGGUCUGAGCUGAGACUACCACUGACAGAUCCAUGCACACACAGACUCCGGACAUAUAUGUGAUCUUUUGUUUAAUGUUUUAUUGCUACUGGAUAUGUUUUUUAUUAGAGCAUGUCUAAAGAACUGCACAGUCUCUGAAAUGUUCACUUGUUUUGACAGCAUGUGAAGAGCUGACACUUUCAGACGUUUCACAACAAACACAUUCAAGUCUUUCACACAUGACUAUCCUCUUGUGGGAAACAGACCACAAGACAUUGGAUAACUGAGUUCACUGAAGGAAAACUCCUUCUCAGUAUUACUUGCAGACUAUCUGGGUACUACUGUCAGCAUGCCCUUAAUCCAGUUGGAUUUAGACUGAAUUGGGAUGACGGAGUUUUGAAUUUACGUACACUCUCAUCUGAGACUCACAGGGACCAACACGUGACCCACAAAAACCAAUCAAAGAUAAUAGCAAAUGUGAAAACAGUUAGAAUUUCUUCCAUUGUUUGAUCUUAUUUUAAAACAUUUUGUUAGCUUCAAAUACUAUUUGUAUUCCUUCCUAGUGUUUUCAAGGCCAAAUGUUCAUGCAGUGCUCUCUUGCAUUGAUUUGCUGUUGAAUUGAUCGUGGAGGUUGCUAUCAGCCUUCCCCUGCUUCAUAAAAUCUUAAAGAUGAAAACUAUCAAUGAUUGUUUACUCCUACAUAGACAAGAAAAAGGAUCUUACUGAUAUACAAAUCUUUUAUCUUUUCAGGAUUAACUUAAAGCUGUGUUAGGCAAUGUUCUUCAUAAACAUCAAUAAUUAAGUUAGAUAUGUGGUUUUAUAUUGUUUUCUUUGCAAGUAUCAGAGCCACAGAAUGUUUGUUCUAUCAUUGCAUUCAGUCCAAAAGGAGGGUGGGAUAGUUUUUCCUUUUAUGUGUUCGAAGCUAGAUUGCUAUUGCUAGCCACAUGAAUCUGGUUUAAAUCGUCUCUUGACUCUGAAAUUCUGACCAAAAGGCUCUGUGGCUCCUCCCAUUUGAGGUUGUAUAUUUGCUAUUCGUUGUAUUCAAACAUCUUGCUACGCAGCUUAUGUCACAUUGUAUUAGUUUUGCUCAAACGGUCUGCUUCUGAACAGCAGCGUAAAUGUUUUGUGAAGGUGCCAUGUGUUUGGAUUCCAAUUCGUGUCUGAUGAAGCCUUAGGUUUAACUGUUCAUAUGAGAUUUCAAGACAAUCUUAUGUGCCUAUGAUGGUUUUAAGCUCUCUUAGUGACCAUAACAAAACGACUGAAUUGACAGCUUUCUGUACCUCGUCUGCAUUGUUUAUGAGAAACAUGACUGCAAUCUCCAUUUUGUAUGCAAUGUCACAGAAUAAAGUUUACACUUUCUAUGCUUCCCACUGAA